CGUUAAAAAAAGUUGUUUUGUGAACUUUUUUGACAUGUAGGAAAUCGUGAGAAAAUCGUAUUUUAUUCAAAGUAGUGACUACAACCUGUUGAAUUUAAUGUUUUUAUCUUAGUUAUGUGUUAAUUUGAGUUUGUUACAACAUGGCGUUUCUGUGUCCAGUCAGAAUUAGAAGGGGGAAGAAGAAGAAAUCUAGCAGUGGAGACUCAGACAAGGACCUGUCCCGUCCUGGCUCCGGCCUGAGCCCAGGCAUGGGCCGUAUCACAGGCUCGGCUAGUAUAGAGACUCUAGUGAGGGUCGGCAUAGAGAAGGAGCAUGGACUUAGUCCCGACUCUAAGAUGGUGGUGCUACAUGACUUCACGCCUUGUGUCGAUGAUGAGUUGGAGGUGAAACGCGGUCAGAUAGUGAACGUGCUGUACCGGGAGAACGACUGGGUGUACGUGAUAGUGGCGGAGUCCCGGCGCGAGGGCUUCAUACCACACUCGUACUGCGCCCCCUGCGAGCCACACGACCUCAAGAAGAAAUUGCCCAGGAGUCGCUCACCCACUGAUUUAGCGCAUCGAGAUGUUUCACAACUAUCAGUAUCGGACGGGGUGACGAACGACGGGCACUCGGAGCUGGGCAGCGAGGGAGAAGCCUGUCCGUUCAGCAAGGAUCCCUCCGGACGAUACGUGGUGCUCUAUACGUUCACUGCGAGAGACGAGAAUGAUGUCGAUGUGGAACGCGGGGAGUUCGUUACCGUACUAAACAGAGAGGACCCCGACUGGUACUGGAUAGUGCGGAGUGACGGACAGGAGGGAUUCAUACCCUCCGGCUUCGUCUACCCAGCUGUAGUACAAGCAAGUCCACAAGACACGACGCAGCCAGUGCUGUCCCCCGCGACCAACAACAACAACACGUCGGUGCAGUCCGUCCUCAACAACUCCAAGCUCAGUGCGCCCGCGCAGGACAGCGACGGGCGGUACCACGGCACUGAACUAGUCAUGCUAUACGAUUAUAAGGCGCAGGCCCCGGACGACCUGUCGGUGAAGCGCGGCGAGUGGGUGUACGCGGACCUGACGCAGCAGACGGUGGAGGGCUGGCUGUGGGCCCACGCGCCCAAGUCGCGCCGCUCCGGGUUCAUCCCCACCGCCUACGCCAGGGCGCCGCAUACCACCUCACUCUGAUGCAAGAUCAAGGUGUAAUUUGUGUGUUGUAGUAAUUGAUCAUGUAAUUGUGACUGUGCUGACAAAAAACAGUCAAUAGUGAAUCUAUAAUAUAAAAAUAAGUCGGGUUUUCCUUCCUGACGCUAUAACUCCAGAAUGCACGAACCGAUUUCCACGGUAUUGCAUUCGUUGGAAAGGUCUCGGGCUCCGUGAGGUUUAAAGCAAAGAAAACUAAAAAAAAAAAAAAAAACAAGAAAAGAGCAGGUGGCGAAACGGAGUUCGCUGGGUUUGCUAGUGUAAUAUAAAAAUAAGACGGGUUUUCCUUCCUGACGCUAUAACUCCAGAACGUACGAACCAAUUUUCACGGUAUUCCAUUCGUGAGAAAGGUCUCGGGCUCCAUGAGGUUUGUAGCUAAUAAAAUUCAAGAGAAAAACAGGAAAUUAUUCAAGAGUUAAAUCCUAACUCAAGCAAAGUAUUAGCGGGGUUUUUACCCCUUUAUUAAAGGUACUCUUAACAUAACUGGUACACUUCACAGUGUGAAUGUGGGUUCAUUUCUGUCUAUCUGUUGGAAGAUUGCCAGGCUUUAUGAUUAUACUUAUUAACAGUUCACAUUUGAUAUGAUCGAUUACUGCAGUAUAUGAAGUCGGUAAAAAUACCUAUUGAUGUUAUGUGCCAAGUGUUUGAAAAACUUCUGAUUACUUCUAUUUUAACUUUAGACAAUGUUGUACUUAAUUGUUUUAAUGAAUUCAAAACUAUUUCCAAUUCUUCAAUGCGACGAUAAUAAUGCAGGUAAAAUAUGGGAAAGUAAAUUAGACGGAAAUAGCACUUAUUUCUAUUAAGCUAAAAAUACGAAAGUUGAUAAACACAAACAGGGUGAUUAACUUUCUUUUUAAAAGUGGAUUGAGUUUUUUUUUACUGAGGAAACUAGCUAAUCAAGUAAUUAAUUAGCCAAGAAUUUUGCCUGUCUUGCCAAUCUACAUAAAUAACUUAGUUCUACUAUAAAAAGGUAGUAGUAGUUAUAAUUUGAAAUCUAACUAUAAAAACGUGUUUCUUUAGGUAGAAUCCAUUUCCUUUGAAAUGUAGGUAUUGUAAUCAAAGAAUGGUAAAUGGAAUUUUAUCCUAUAUUUUACCUGCAUUAUAUUCUUAUAUUCCUUAGCCUAACGCCAUAUUCUAUGUAAAUUAUAGUACAUAAGUCUUCCUUUAAUGUUAAGUAUAUAAGUACAUUCCAAUAAUUUUAAUAUGAAAUCGCUCUAUAUACUCGAAAAUAAUGUGUUUUUUGUAAAAUAUACUCCGUCCAAAUUCGACUGAUGUUCAGAAUACGCUUUAUAUUUUUAUAUGAAUAUUUUUAAUUGUAAGUUUUGUAUGUAAUUUAUACAUUAAUUACUUAUUAUUAAUAAAAUGGUUUUAAACUA